UACCGAUAGAACCAAGAAUAUGAAUCCCUGCAGUCACGAAAGCUUCAAAUCAAAAUUUAACUGUGCAUGUAUUUCAGACAAUUCAAAUGCAUGCCUCAGACAUGAAAAGCGGUUCAACAAUUAGGAAAUGUGCACCGAAUAGCAAGCCGUGUACAUGCACGCCACACUUUCAAACAGACCAAGAAGACUGCCGUUUGGAUUCAACAGUGAUUAAGAGUAAUUUGGGCGGCUCUGAGUGGUCGCAUAUUAUUUUUACACACAUGCCCCAGGUCUGGAUCUCAUUUCCGCAUUUGCUAUCGCUUUCGUGCGCACAAAAAAGAGGGCACAUGGCUCGGAAUCAAACACGGUCUGUGGGCUGAAGCCUCACUUGGUAUCCAGUGCAGUAUUCAGCAGACAGUGGCUGUGGGCAUUAUUUCUUCACUGAUGGGGUACCACUUAUUAUAGCAAAAGCAAAUAAUGACAUAAGCAUUUACAGAAUGUGUAUGUUCAUUAAAUAAACGCAUGCUUGUUUCUUUUAAUUAAAUAAAUAGUGCAAUUGUAAGAUUUUCUAGUAAUGGAAAUAAUAGGCAAUGCUUUUACUGACUUCUCAAGAAUGCAAAAUACAUGACUGGCUUCAGUACAGAAUAGCAUAUUACAAUAUGACGUUUCAGCCGCAAUAUUUUCCUUUCUCGUGUGUUCUUUUGUGAUGUAUUUCCCCCCACUAAUAUUUUAUUAAAUCAUGAAUAAUCUCCGUCUCUAUUAGCACGGUUGGCUACGUACGGUGCGAAAGAAGUUCAACAUACCUACAUAAUCAUGCGUGCACAUGUAUACAGCAUCCACCACUGUUUGGUUUGCCAGGAUAAUGAAUCGCAAUUAUUUGGAUCGUGGUACGAGGUUAAAAGGUCGUUAAAUUGCUUUAGACUAUGCUUCAAAUUAUACACUUCCAUGAUUCACGGGUGAUUCGCUGUAAGUAAUCGCGUUUGCUGACCGCGCCUUCCCCCGCUGGUCGACCUGAUAAACGCGUGCACUUUUCCAUCUGGGUCCGGUCCUGGCCACUUGGUCAAUGGGAAUUUUUUUUUGUUCAAAUAAAAAAACCCCCCCACCGAAUUCCAAUUGCGAGCCAUCAUCGACCAGAGCAAAGCAAAAAAAGAAGAAGACUGGGAAUCAAAUCUGCGUUCUCUUCGGCGAGCUGUACAUCACAGCAGUUGGACAACAGUGGGCGGGCUUGACGCUAUAGGAUUAUAAGGUGUUUACAGGAUCUUAUAAAACCCGUGAAAGGAAUAGAACUGGCCUGACCAAGCUGCAGUUCUGAAAUGAAAUUUAAGAGCCCCGGGGGACACAGAGGCGUGCGUAUAAAACCGUGGGAUUUGCAGUGGGAAGACCAAAGCGGUGAGCACCAUCCGACGGAGGGCUACUUGAAUUCCGCUGCGGAGGCUGCAUGAGACUUCUCAAUUCAGACAUCUGGUCAUCCGCAACGAUAAGCGCGUAACUGUGACGGCUCCGCUCUUGUUGGGUGAGUUCACGAAAAAAAGGUGGGCAAUACAGCUGUGGCGUUACAUUCUGCAUGAGAGAUUAGAAGACAUCCGGGUCCACACGUUGCAACAGGACCUACAAGCAUGGGGGUGGUCGGGGCGCUACUGCUGUCCUGCGCAUGCCUCUUGGCCACCGUACUAGGAUCUCGGAUGAGUGGUCCCAAGGCUUCUCAGAACCAGGCCAUGUUAGUGCAGAGCAAAAACUAUCCGAACAUGCUGGAGAACCAUGGCUACAGCGAGUGGACCUCGUGGUUUAACAUUGACCACCCGGGUGGGAGCGGCGAUCACGAGCGGCUGGAGGCAAUCCGGUUCUACUACCGCACGCGCGUCUGCCCAUCUCCACUGGCUAUCGAGGCGCGCACCACGGCGUGGGUGCCAGCUGCCAGCACGGGCGAGAGGGUGCACAUGAGUCCUCAAGAGGGCUUCUGGUGUCUCAACCACGAACAGCCCGGCCAAGCGAAUUGCUCCAAUUACCACGUGCGCUUCCGCUGCCCAAUCGUGGACAAGAAGUGGUCCGACUGGGGCUCCUGGAGCUCGUGCAGCGCAAGCUGCGGUCGCGCCGGCUACCAGACGCGCAGCCGGCUCUGCGUCUCUACGGGAGCCAUCGUUCCGCAGAGGACGCAGUGCGAGGGCAAGGGCGUGCAGGGUCGCCUGUGCUCCAAGACAUGCCCAGCCGUUCACGGAAAUUGGACGACCUGGAGCAAGUGGUCGCUGUGCAGCGUGUCGUGCGGGAAUGGGCAACAGCUGCGCCAGCGAUGGUGCUCCAACCCCGCACCCAAGUACGGGGGGCUGGACUGCACGGGGGCCGCCCUGCAAAGCCGCUUGUGUGCCAAACCUACCUGUCCAGAAACGGUCACAAGGAGAAUGGUGUCUGCUCACAAGCCACCAGCACCUCUGCCAACUCCAGCGAAUAAGCCGGCAUGCAGUCUGGCCUGCACCGUGGGGCACGUGAACGCGGCGUGCGACGCGUGCGUGUGCGACGGUCACCUCCUGGACGGAGCCGUGUUCGGCGCAGCCCGCACCCCGCUUGCCGGGGCUCGGGUCACACUGCUGGAGGGUCUCUCUCAGAGGUGGCUCGCCGUGUCGGAUGCCCACGGAUCUUUCCGCGUGCCGGAUGUGUGCCCGAGCCGAGGGGCACGCCUCGCGAUCGAGCACGACAAGCACGUGCCGAUGACGGCGCCAAUCCUCUGGGCCCAAGGGCUGUCGACCGUCUUCAGCGUGCAGCUGAAGCGCGCGGAAAAACCACACAUCACCAAACACCCAGAGGGCAGAAUGCGCUACGAAGGACAAGGCGUGAGUUUGUGCUGUAAAGCGGAGGGAACGCCAACGCCAGAAAAAUACUCGUGGUAUCACAAUGACACUCUGCUAGACCAGGAGGUGUAUAAGCAUGGCAACCUCGUGCUGAAAAAUCUAAAGACGUCGCAAGCAGGAGAAUACUAUUGCAAGGCAACAAACAUUGCUGGCUCCAUAAAAUCUUCACCAGCUACCCUAUAUGUCGUGGAAAAGGGUAAUUCCCCAUGUGACCCAAAGCCUGAGCCAAACUUGAUAAGGCUUCCACACGACUGCUUCCAGAAACACACAAACUCGUUUUUCAUCGACGUGGGGAAUUGUCCCAAGAAGGUGUGCGUCAAGGAACUCGACUUCGACCUGCGCUGCAAGGACAGCGUCAGCCACUGCUGCGGCAUCACCAGGAUGGAGAAGCGGGACAUCCAGUGCAAUGGCUACACGCUGCCCACCAUGGUGGCGGCCGAGUGCGGCUGUAAGAAGUGCACGCAGACCAAGAUGAUUGUGCGCGGGAGGGCUGUGGCUGACGACAACGGGGAGCCGAUGAGGUUCGGCCAGAUGUUCAUCGGCAACAUUGCCAUCGGGUUCACCGGCUACAAAGGCGACUUCAACCUGCAGGUGCCUCCGGGCACGGAGAGGCUCGUGGUGACCUUUGUGGACAGGUUUGGGAAGUUUGUGAACAGCACCAAGGUCCUGCUCUUCAACCACAAGGGAGGAACGGUCUUCCACAACAUCAAGUUGCAGAGAAAGAAGCCCGCCAUUCCCAUCGCUUCCACUGUCACCAACACGAUUAGCCUGGGUGAGAUAGAGGGGGAGGAUCCAGUUGGGCAAAUCGAAAUUCCGCCCAACUCAUUCUACAAGUUGAAUGGGGAGCUGUACAACGGCACUGUGCAGGCCAGCGUCACUUUCCUGGAUCCACGAAACAUCACGACGAUGUCGUCUGCCUCGAGCGACUUGAAUUUUGUAAAUGACAAUGGCGAUGUGUUUCCCUUGCGUACAUAUGGCAUGUUUUCUGUUGACUUUAAGGCGGAAAAUUUGCAGGAGCCUCUGAACGUCGGACAGGUUAAGGUUUUUCUCGACUCGGCACAGGUUAAAAUGCCACAGCAUCUGAAAUCAAUGAAACUGUGGUCUUUAAAUCCAGAGACCGGGAUCUGGGAUGAAGAAAGCAACUUCCUGUACGAAAAAUCCAAAAGGCGAAAGAGGGAAGAGCGCACAUUUCUCAUAGGAAACGUGGAAAUUAGAGAACGCCGGUUGUUUAACCUCGAUGUUCCGGAAAAUCGCAGGUGUUAUGUUAAGGUGCGUGUUUACAGAAGUGACAGAUUCUUUCACAGCGAGCAGCUUGAGGGUGUAGUGGUCAGCCUGAUUAAUAUGGAGCCGCAGGAAGGGUUUUCCGCAAACCCACGCGCGUGGGGAAGAUUUGACAGUGUCAUCACAGGUAAAAACGGUGCUUGUUUGCCAGCCUUCUGUGAUGAGCUGGUCCCGGAUGCCUACACUGCCUACGUGACAGCCAACAUUGGGGGAGAAGAACUGGAGGCAGCUCCGUCCAGCCCCAAACUGAAUCCCAAUGUUAUUGGCACGGCUCAGCCAUACCUAAGAAAGCUUGAGUACCGACGUACUGACCACGAUGACGAAAGGUUCAAGAAGACCGCUUUCAAGAUUAACUUAGCAAAACCAAAUGCGAACUCCCCAGAAGAAAUUGAUGGGCCAAUCUAUCCUUUUAAAAACCUCAAACAGUGUGAAGAUGCCCCUUACAAUGCUAAUCAUUUCAGAUUUUAUAGGGUGGAAGAUGACAAGUAUGAGUUUAAUACCGUUGCAUUCAACGAAAACGACUUGACAACCUGGAACGAAGAUUACCUGUCCUGGUGGCCGAAACCAAUGGAAUUUCGUGCCUGCUUCAUCAAACUGAAAAUCAAGAGCUCCGCGACCGUGAUGAUACGUUCCCGAAACCUUGGGGGCACUCACGUGGAGACAAUCGACAAACUCUACGGCAUUCGCGACAUCCGCAGCGUCCACACCAACCUCAAGGAGAACGUGUCUUCGGCAUGCAUGGAGUUCAAGUGCAGCGGCAUGCUCUUUGACGAGAAUCUCAUUGAUCGCACGCUGGUGGAGAUUUCGACGCAAGGCGACUGCCGCCGGGAGAACAUAAACGGCAUGCUCCAGGAGUAUCUGAUCAACCACCCACCGCACAAUGUCAACAACGAGACGCACGGCUUCAAAAUGUACGCGCCUCUGGAUCCGUUGGGACACAACUACGGCAUUUACACGGUCUCGGAUCAGGACCCCAAAAUCGCCAAAGAAAUCGCCCUCGGCCGGUGCUACGAGGGCUCGUCGGACAGCACGUCCCGCGUCAUGAAGCCCGACGUGGGAGUGGCGGUGACGUUCGCGUGCCGCGAGAGCAACGUGACGCGACAGAGCCUCUUCCAGCGCCUGCAGACGUCGCCGGCCGAGACCCUCGCCGAGAUGGGGCGCGAGAUGCGCGGCGGCCUCCCCGGGAGAACCCGGUUGGUGUCCAGCCGAGUUCAGGGCCGCGGUGGCCGGAGGCAGCAGCCGCAGCAGGCCAGGGCCCGACUCGUGAGCACGCGGAGAUUCCUGCAGAGGAAUCGGUCCGCUCAGUGAUCGCAAUGGCAUGGUGAACUCUACGACUGAAAGAUUGACAUGUGGAAAUGGAAAAAUAAAGCACCCCCCCCCCCCACGUCUUUUUAAACUAAGCCGUCUUGCAUUGCACGGGUGGGAAAUGUAUGGAUGGUUUACAGAGAUUGGAAGUUAUUGACAUACGAAGGAAAGAUUUUAAGGUUGUUGACAGUCUUACAAAUGCAUUGAAUGUAAAGGUAUUUUUGUUUGGAGAGCCGCAUGUGCAUUUGAUUAGCAUGAAACUAUUAGUGACUAUAUGAAUGAGUAUUUCCAAAAAAGUGGUUAAAACAUUACAAUGUGUGAGAAACAUAACAUUUUUAUUCGAAACGAAUUGAUUUUGCCAGUGUAUAAAUAACAAUGUGCACAUAUCGACAGCACUAUAUGAUUACACUGCUUUCUUUACAUGGUUUUUUUGUACUAAUUAAAUACAUAAAACAUUUCACAUUUCUGCUAACGUAUGCUUAAAUAACAUGAAGCAACUGCAAUUUGUUUGGCAGCUUAUAUUUAAAAUUUGCCCGCUAAUGCAAUAUCAUUCAAAACAUUUAAAUGUACAAUACUUAAACUGAGAAAGCAACUAAAUGUGUAAGUAGACAUGAAUUGAUGUGCACAUAAUCAUUACCACGGCAAAGGGUAUGCAGACCAUUGGAGUUAUCAUUGACUCCAAACUGUCUUUCUCUUGCCACGUUUCUCAACCUUAUUGCUCCAUCUGUGCAACAUCUUCGGCGUCUGCCAUUUCGACAUCUGCCAAUUUCUCAUACCAGCUCAUGCCAGCCGCUGCUGAGACCCUCAUCCAUGCCAUCACAUCCGAACUCGACUAUUGCAACUCUCUCCUCUUUGGCCUCCACAUAUCCCUCAUCACUAAACCCUAGACGAUUCAAAAUUCCACUGCCAGACUUCUCAACCGCACCCAUGAGCAAGACCACGGUAAUACAAGCUGCCGUGGGCCCCAUUUGCCACCUUCAAUAUCGUCCAUGGAUUCACCCUUGGCUCCCUCUGCUUUCUCAUUGCGCUCUACCCUCCACCAUGCACUUUCUAUCCCAAAGCUUUAUCUGCUAAAUGCCUCCAGUCAAACUUCGCUCAUUGUAAGAUUGCACAAUCUCCUCUGCUGGCUUCUUCGUCUGGGGCUCCCUAUCAUAAGCUAUAAACUGCCUGCUUCUGUUCAAUUCCAGCCUCUAGACCUUUAUUUAUUUUCCCCUAUGACCAACUGCACUCUCUUCAUAAAAUAAACACGCUCACUGCUUUUGUACAGUGUCUUAAUAUGGGGUUGAAUUUAGACACUAUACAAAUUCAAAGUGUAUUGCAGUAUUAUUUUAGUUUGAUAUUGAAUGAUACUGAACCUUUCAGUAAUGAUAAAUAUAGAAAAAAAUGUCAGGUAAUUAGCACUAAUAUGAACUGUUCAGAAAUAUGACUAUAUUAUUGGUACAUUAACAUUUUAAAUUUAUUUACAGGAACAUCGUAUGAAGAGAAAAUCAAGAGUGUUUAGCUUUGGUACAUAACGUUUAUAGACUUCAAUGAAAAGUUAAAUUUUACAACACAGACUGUACUUUGAAAUUGCAUGUCUGAAUUCAGUUUAAUGACAUGAACUAAAUGGGUGCUUCUCUUUUCGAAAUUAACUUAUUUCCACUUCGUAUUGUUUUUUAGAUACUAGAGAUGAAUGAUGUACCUAAAAUGAUGUGCAUUAAUUUAACCUGAAUAGGCUGAUGGAGUGUGUAUUAUCAUUUGAACAAUUUUACGUUUUUUUUUAAAGUGGAGAAACGUCUACAUACUUGGAGUCUGAAGGUUAAUAAAAAAUAUAUUUACUGAUGUUGUUUUAUUUUUUUAGAUUAGCUGUUUUAUGUACAUUUUUCUUUUGGUGGUUUAUGCAACAAAUAAGCACUUUCUAUAAAAGCCCAUGCUUGAAAAUUCAAAAGAACGCAGUUUACAAUGUAAACUUCUACAAAAAUAAAUACUAAAUUGACUGAAUAACUGCUUGAUAAACGAAAACCAGCUAUUGUUGUGUAUCUGCUGUGGUAUCUUAAAAUAUUACUAUUCACAAUAUACUAGACUAUUUCUAGACAUUUAAAUAGGGUUAAACUGGCCAUUAUAGGUGGCCAUUUAACACUAAUACCAGGUGUAAUAGUUUUUCUAUUACUACAAUUCCAUAAACAUUUGGUUGCUGUGAUGAUAGUGCAUUGGAAAUUCAAUGAUUUGCAAUCUAAAAAACUAUUUGCACGAUUUUUGGUCCCUUUUUAAUGUGUGCUUUAGGCAGGACACAUCCCCAGAACGAUUCAAAAUGAGCACAAUAAUUAAACCUGGAUUCCUAUUGGUAGCAAGCCUAUUUCUUUGUAACCAUCAUGACAACAUUGAAAUCAAAUGUAUUUCGUAAUACAUCAGGCUGUUAACACGAUCCUAAUGUUGGUAUGAAUACACCGCAUCUAUGCUUAAACCGUCAAAUUAUUUGAUUUGUAAUCUUGAAUGAGAUUUUCCGGGCAUUUCAGUUAAGUGCCAUCGUAUCUUUGAAGGUGCCGGCAGUUAUAAAACAUAUAGUAUUCUCUCAUUGCCUAGCUCGACAAGUAUUUUGUGUACUGUGUUUAACAUCGCAAACAAUGUGUGCAGUAAUGGAUAUUGCAUUAGUGUAAUGAGUUGAUUUGGAAAAUGUUGAUACUCUACAGCACAUAAAAUGUAAAACAAAAUCAUGGGCAUGCAAUGGAGACUCAAAGCUGUGUACAUAAAUCUAUGUACAUAAAACUGUAUUUACUUUAGUGUACAUACAUUAAUGCUGCAUGAUUUGACAGUCACGUAUUAGGUGUGGUCAUUUAAAUUAAAACAUGUGGAAUUUUUUUUUUGCAGAUGACGUUCACUCCAUUUGCCACAACCAAAAUAUGGUGACAUGUGGAUUGAUACGAUUUUUAACCCAUAUGAAAUACAGCAGUUUCAUCACGAACAAAUAAGUGAUUCACUAUGUCUGAGCUAUGUUUGGUUAAUAUGUAUAAAGGCUCAGUGUGGCCAA